AUGAGCGCCAUUUUUGGGUCUCACGCUCGCGACGAAGCGCGACAGCUUAUUGAGAAGAUUGCCGUCGGCCAUGGCUACAUCGAGGCGGCAAAGCUGAAUGCGAUGCCUGCCGAUAUACGACGCGUAGUAGAGGAGGCUCUGAAAACCAAUUCUAAAUCUCAUGCUACUGCUACAGAGCAAGCCACCACCUCCAAAUACUUACCGCUUGUAGAGAAGCUGGCUGCGGGGAACAUAAAUGUCGUGUUCGAGCUGCUCCAGAAUGCGGACGACAACCAGUUCACUCGUGCAAGGGCCGCAUGCGCGAAUCCAGGUGUUCAGUUCAUCGUGACUCCAGAUAUGGUGGUUGUUGGUAGCAACGAAGACGGCUUCACGGACAGCAACGUCAAAGCUCUCUGCGAUUUCGGAAAGUCCACCAAGGAUGGUACGUCUGGCUACAUCGGACAGCCAGACGUAGGCUUCAAGUCUGUGUUCACUAUCGCUUCCAAGGUCCAAAUUGAAUCUGGCCCUUACUCAUUCUACCUCCAGCAUGAAGAUGGAGAUCCUGGUAUUGGAAUGGUAAGACCUCACUGGACCGAGCCACCCAUUCUUCCCAGCCAUGUGAAGGACUAUGAAGCAUAUGGCGGUCUGUUCGGAAACCGGACAAGGAUCAUCUUGUUUCUGAAAGAGCAGAACAGAGAAGAUCUACGGAAUAGCUUCAUUAGCCAGCUGUGGGAUACACCGGACAGCGUGCUACUGUUCAUGAAGAACCUACGGUCACUGAAGAUUACGGUACUAGGUGAGGAUAACAAAGUUCAGCGCUCGAAAGAUGUAGUUCUCGACAGAGAUUUAUUCGGUUCUGGAACUCGAAUCACAACAACCAAGAAGCUCGGUCCUAGCCAGCUUAAGACCUGGAAUCGUUAUCUCGUCUACAAAUCAACGGCAACGGGCUUACCGGCCAACCCAAACCGAAGACCCGCUCCAGAUUCUUCAGCAAAUACCUCCAGUGCAGAAGUUACACUGGCGUUUCCCGUUGAUGUGAAAGGCGAACCUAUUGUCGAGUCCCAGAAGGCAUUUGCGUUCAUGCCAAUUUCUGAGACUGGGCUGAGCUUUCUUAUCCACUCUGACUUCGUUGCCGAUGCCACGAGACAACAGCUUGUUGCCUUCUCAGAUAGAAAUGUUCAAAUUAAGACGGCAGUUGAGGAUACACUGGUAAUGGCAGUCCAAGACCUCUGCAAGAAGCCUGGUACAGAAUACAAAUGGAUGCGUUUCCUUCGUCAAACCAAUCGAAGCACUAUAGACCCAUUCUGGCUCACAUUCGGCAACACUUUGGGAUUCAAAUUCUCCAGCAUACCGCUUUUACGUACGGGAAGGGGCGAAUUCUCAACAGCAGCCUCUCUCAAGCGCCUUUCUGCGGAUCAAUUGGACCAGUAUGGCGAGCCAUUAUUGCCUGAUCUGCUCCAGGAGAUGUAUCCAUCUUCAGAAUACGAGUCCCAGGAUCUCGAUAUUCUCUGUCAGUAUGGAUUAGCUUACCUGCCGGACUCGGAAGUCUUAUCGAGGCUGCAAUCUUUCACCGAGCGCCGUGAAUGGGAGACGAGAACCUAUGAGGAGCGAGAUGAAGAUUGGCAUAGUAGACUGGCGCGUCUCCUCUUCAAGAUUUGGAAUGAUGCGCAACAGGACGGGAAGACUUGUAUUCGCCACCUGAAUAUCAUUCCUCUUGAUUCGGAAGGUUUCAGAGUCGCCAGUUACAACGAAGAGGGCUACCCAUUUUAUGACAACAUGAUUGAUGGCAUUCCCAUCCCUGGAGAUCUUGGUUUCCCAAUGCUUCUGCCAGCUGCCACGGCGAAUCCGGAUUGUCGGAAGCUUUAUGAAGUCUUUGGCCCAAGGAAGCUUACUUUUCAGCAAGUCCGAGCAAAGAUCAUAAACAUGUAUAAAGAUCCUGCUCAAGUCGCGAAGCUCGACCUGGCCAAGUCAAGGUCCCAUCUUGUGUUUCUCUAUCGGAUUGAGCCAAAAGACAUGAUCACUAAGGAGGAGCAAGAAAUCAUGGUUAUUUUUGACCAGAAGCUACGUGUCAAGCGUCCAAAGCAUGAGUAUGUAUACCUCCCAGGUGAAGGACCAGUGGCCCCCGGGAAAAUACUCAACCCCCCAUUCCCAGAGGGCCUUGAACCACCAGACGUAUCACUCGUGCAUCCAGCCUAUCUUGAAGAUCCACCGAGCCCAUCAGCCGGACAUGAUAGAACAUGGAUGCAAUGGCUAUUUUUCAUUCUCUACUGCGAAGAAAAGAUUCAAUUGUUCUCUGUUCGGGAUCCGCCUGCAGAAGCCGACAAGACUUACUCACUGGAGUAUAAGUUUCUCGUCAAAGCUUACCCGGGUCUUACGCUUCACAGACUCAUGCUGAACUUUCAGAAGCCAGAAGUCAAAAAGCAGUGGGUUGAUGAUAAGAAGGGGACUGCUCUUAUGAAGAGAAUGGAGUUUCUCUGCACGGAUGGCGUGAGGCAUCCUUUGGAGGAGACUCUGCUUCCGCUGCCAAAGCUGCUACAAAGCUGUGAGAAGAGCUUUGCGUCGGUGGAUAACAUGCCGUUUCUCAAGCUUGAUGAACCGAUGAAAGACGAGGACGUUCCUGCAUGGCUCGAAUUGGCGGAACAUUGUGGUAUUGGGACUGAAGACGACACCAAGUUCACCUUGGCGAUGUUGGGCUCCAUUUCUAAAGCUACCACGGAAAUGACAAGUGAUAUAUCACAAGCUGUUACUGAAUUGUACCUGAAACUUCAUUCCCAGGUUCCAGACGGCUCUUUGAGUGCUACCUUUACCGUUCAAACACAGAUCAGAAACUUCUUCAGCAACAACAAGUGCACUCUCUGUACACCGCUCCGCCCAGGAGAUGAUAAGGGAUCUACUCGUGAGCAACACUGGGCAAACAAGUCCGCAUGCCUGUGGGUCGCGCCUGAGGGCAUUAAUGUCUACAUUCCUCUACGGUCUAUAUGGUCCCCAAUACUGACCAAAAUGGAGCCCGCGGAUCGCAAAAAGCUGGAAGACUUCUUCAGUAAGACCCUUUCCAUUCGUGACAUAACCGAGCACGACGUGCUCAGUGAGCUGCGUCACUUGUCUCGCUCCUUGGACCAGACAAAAGACUACUCGGCGGUGACAAUGGAGCUCUACAAGAUCCUCCAGGCACAGACGGAGAACCUCAACGAGAUCAAUACGCUUAUCAUCAAGCAAGCAUUUCGAGAUUCCCCCCUCAUUUAUCGACCUGGCGAAGAAGCCAAGAAGUGGUUCAAAGCCUCAGAAUGUGUCUUUUAUAAUAAAUGUUCCAGUGAGGACGAGAUCAGUCUGGAAUCUCUGUAUCCAGAUCUUUCGCCCCUUUUCGUGUUCUUCCUCGAGGUUCCCAAAUUGAGUCCUUCCCUUGUCUAUGAAAAUCUCCAGAAUGUCGGCAACACUGCUCAGCCUAUUCCUGACCUCAAGAAGCUUCUUUGGUCGCUUCUUGACACCCUCGUUGCAGAUAUAGCAUCGUCGAGUGUCUAUGCGGAUAAGAUAAGAGAUUGUCGAGUGUUUCCAGUCAAGCUGCCAUCCGGAGAAGUUCAGUCUAUGAAUGCAAUGGGAGAUUUCUGUAUAAAUGACAGACCUCUAUACGCAGCCGCCCUGAAGGCACAGGCCAACCUUCUCGAUUUCUCUGUUGAAGAGAUUCAUCGUCUCAGUCCAGUCAUUGAGUGGUUGAGCUUGACCAAGCGAUACCUCUCCAAUAUCGUAGCGGAAAAGACGUCGGUUGAUGAAUCUCAAGGUACUGAGGACAUGGUUAUCGCCCAUGAUAUUGCUAGCAAAUCUGCCGCACUUGCUAUGAUCUCUUCGCAUUUCAGCGACGGCAAGCCCACGGUAAGAAAUUACAACCUUCAAGAUACGAUCCGUAAGGUAGAGGUCUUCCGUCAUCCGGACAUAAAGACCAGUAUCACUUGGUAUCAUGGCUUCAAGGUCAUCACAGUACCGCUUGCGAAAAGUGGAAUGCACUUCAAAUCGGCCUUAUUCGCCAAAUGGCAGUUCUACAUUCCAGAGGACGAUGACGAUCGCGAUUACUGUAUGGCAACUGAGUUUCCGCGGAUGUUCGCUGCUCAGCUUCUGGACUCCCCAUUACGCACUGUCAACCCUCAAGCGGUGAUGAUCACUGCCAGUGUCCUUCGAGCUAAACCUUAUAAUGUUGGACGUAUUCUCCAACAUCAUGGGAUAUGCGAGGCGGGUACAUUGCCAGAGUAUACCCCGGAACCACCACGUACACCAGAGAGGCGACGAGACAACGCUGCUCCUUCCCCAUCUCCAUCACCGCAUUCAGUUAUUAGAUCUCCUGUCCCUGCUGUGAGCGCUGCUCAGGUAAUCCGUGACGCGACUACUCCGUAUCAAGCCUUGCUUAUUCAGGCUGUCAAUGUGGCGCGCAUCUCAACAUUUCCGCACAAGAAUUCGGUCUUUGACAUGGCUGCAAUCUCACAAAGUCUUGCAGAGAGUACAGCUCGUUCUGGACUGUUCAGAUUCUAUGUCGGAGACCAGACAGAGUGGCAGCGAAUGGUAGGUGCCGCUGGCGAGCUAUAUGUCUUUGAGUUGCUUUCAACCCUUCCCAAUGCCCUCCCCGGAUGGUCUCGAGAUAACUGGCAAAGUACUGUCAGGCAUCAUGCCAGUAUACACCCUGACUACAACUCUCUUGGGAAUUGGUACGGGACAGAGCAAGGAGACCUGUUCUUUGACGACGUGACAGGAACAUUUACCAGCUUCUUGAUCGACAAAGGAUAUCUCGAAGAUAGCUGGAGAAAGGAGCGACCAGAGUACUACAUUGAAGUCAAGACCACAACAUCGGCACGCCUCGACACGCCAUUCUAUAUGAGUAAACACCAAUGCAGUCGUUUGGUGAAAGUGUGA